UAAGUGAAUUCUGAUUUCAGGGUUGAAUUUUGAUAUAAAUAAACUUCAGGGUUGUGCAAAUGAAGAUGACUGUAUCACGGGUUGGGAAGGAGGAGAAAAAUGACAAAGGUUCUUCUCCCAAGGGAGGCGAUGCCACACAAAGAAAAUUUAUUUUUGGAAGAUAUGCUGAUGUGGAUAUGUUGUCUCAGCUAAAAGCUCUUGCUCUUGAUCCUUGUAAUUCAGAAUUAUUACAGGAUGAAAUCUCGCCAUUACGGGAUCAGACUCUUACAGUGCGAAAUUUAAUGGCUCUGAGUGACACUGAGUUUCCUUGGCGGAAGCGGAAAUUGCACCAAUUUCUGAAAGAUAAGUUCGGAGUUGUCCCUGUAUUGGCUUCAGGGGUAUCCAACCAACAAAAGGUGACAAUAUUGAAUAUAGGGCAGUUAUCUCAGACCUCGUCCAUUUCAAGCUUGCUCAAUUCAGUUGGGUCCACUGAAAGUUUAGGUCAGAAACCUCUUUUGACCUCACAUAGUUCAAGCAGCUUGUUGACAUUUGAGGAUGAUUUUCAAGAGAAGCAGCUAUCUUCUGAUUUCUCCUUUAUGGAUUAUGCAACAGACUGGAGUCCACCGAACAGUGAUGUUUCUCCUUUGGUUGAUUCUGAUGAAUCAAUCACAAACACAUUAAGUCCAGAGAACCUGACUAUCCAGGAUACACCCUCCAUGGAUUUGGGCGACUCCGUUCACAGUUUAAGCUCCUCAGAAUUGGUUUCGAAGCAAACGCAUCUUCAGAAACCUAGGCAAUCAAUCUGGUUUUCAAACUUCAUUGGUGAUCAUUUUCAAAGAAUGGCUAUUCCGGUUGGGCCACACUUCCAGGCUGAUGUUCCAGAUUGGACUGGUCCCUUCAACAAGGGUAUUCUGAACAGUAAAAUUUGUGAUCCUGAAACUUCAAGGUGGUUUGGCACCCGGCUUUGGCCCAUAGAAGACAAAAACAAAAAACAGACAGGUAAAGCAGUGGGAAAAGGGAGGUCCGACUCUUGCUUGUGUAUGUCUCCUGGAUCAACUGAUUGUAUUAACUUCCACAUUUUUGAAGAGAGGUUCCUUCUGCAAUAUGAGCUCGGUCCUACAUUUUUAAGUUGGAAGUUUGAUGAGAUGGGAGAAGUUGUUUCAAAGACGUGGACAUUGAAGGAACAACAAAGCUUCGAGUCACUUGUGAAAGUGAGUCUUUCAUCAAAUGGAAAGAAAUUUUUGAAGCUUGCCUUGGAAUGCUUCCCAUACAAGUGCAGAAGAAGUAUUUUGAGUUACUACUUUAAUGUGUUCAUCCCUAGACACAUGAGCGUCCAGAUCAGGUCAUCCCUAGAAGAAGUUGACAGUGAUGAUGACAAGGUGAGGAAUAUUAAGUACAUGGGUUUAAUGGGAAGGCAUAAUGCCAGGAGUACCAUCAGAGGAAGUUCGAAAAAUAUGAAAACUCAAUACUUACGUCAGCGUUCUUGAUUGAUCCCAUGCUAGAAAGUAUCUAAAACCCCUGCAAUGUAUAAAGACUAGAGGGUUUGUUCUAUAAUCCCGGGCUACCUCCCUCCUUCCUCGAUCUUCAUUCUGCAGCCAUAUUUUUUCCCGAAUACUCCGCAAAUGUUCCUUGCGUUUUAGGGAAUAUAGCAACCCCUGAAAUUUUGGUUAUGUCCGUAGCAACUGGGAAGCUCAUUGGUUUGUUGCAUCAAAGUUUUGGUUUUUCUGCACUUCUUUCUGGAUUUUUGGAACAUCAUUUACCUUGGAAGUACUCAACUUGGAGUUCAGAGCCCUUGAUGUAUAGUAAGAGUGCU